AUGAGAUUGAUCUUGGCACGAAUUGUUUAUGAUUUUGAUCUUCAACUGGGUGAGGGAAACGGGCCUUGGAUAGAGAAACAGAGAGCUUUCGGUUUGUGGGACAGAAUCCCGUUGAGUGUUCGUUUGAAAUCAGUAGCACAUGGAAACACCUUUUGA